GAUCUCCCGUUCUCGUCACUGGAUUGGCCGCCAGAGGUUCGUCUACUCCCCGGGCCUGCGCGAUGCAGGACGAGAGAAGAGGAGGGUGGGCAACAUGGCGGCUACUGCGGCUGGUGUGGGCCGGCUAGAGGAAGAGGCGUUGCGGCGAAAGGAACGGCUGAAAGCCCUAAGGGAAAAAACCGGGCGCAAGGACAAGGAAGAUGGGGAGCCCAAAACCAAGCAGCUCAGAGAAGGGGAGGAGGAAGGCGAGAAGCACAGGGAACUCAGGCUGCGGAACUAUGUCCCCGAGGAUGAGGACCUGAAGAGGAGGCGGGUGCCCCCGGCCAAGCCAGUCGCAGUGGAAGAGAAGGUGAAGGAGCAGCUGGAGGCCGCCAAGCCCGAGCCCAUCAUUGAGGAAGUGGACCUGGCCAACCUCGCGCCCCGAAAGCCUGACUGGGACCUCAAGAGAGACGUAGCUAAAAAGCUGGAGAAGCUAGAAAAGCGGACCCAGAGGGCCAUUGCCGAGCUGAUCCGUGAGAGGCUAAAAGGCCAGGAGGACAGCCUUGCCUCUGCAGUGGACGCUACGACGGAACAAGAGGCCUGCGACUCCGACUGAGCUCGGUAUGACUACAGAAAAUCGGCGUGCACGGUGUGCACCAACACCAUCACGCAUGACGGGCGCACGAACAAAAGUUACAGAAUAUAUGAGGAGACCGGUGCCUUGAAGAAGGGGUACCACCCCACCAGGUGGAAGAGUUGAUCCCCAAGGAACUGAAACCAUGACCUCCUUACAGACUUUAAAAUGAACAUUGGUUUUCUUGCCAGAGAUAAAAGAGGCACCCAGCUCCCCUGGGUAGGAGGAAGAUCUGGGUGGUAAUCUUGGAAACAAAGAAUGUUUAUUAAAAUAAGACACACACACACACACACACACACACCAUAAGCAACUCACCGGAGGAACUAAGUAAUAACAAUCGGAGGAGGGAUUGAUCAGUUUAAAGUAAGCGGAAGCCCUAGAAGGCGGCAGUGAGAGCAGGUCGGUUGACAAGUGGACAUACUGCCAGGUGUCCGUGAGCGGAUGGGAGAUCAGGGAAAGAAAACUGGAGAAAGAAGGAAUGGCUGACCACUUCUGUCUCUGGCAUCCUGGGGCUGCAGUGGCCCGAACUGAUCCUCCCUUUGCAAACAGCUAAAAAUACUAGGUAAAUAAAUAGUUACAACAAA